ACAAUAUUCAUUCAUCACUGUGUGUGUGCGUGUUUUUUCUCUGCCUUCUCUUCCUUUUCCCCCAUCUUUCUUCUGUAAUCCUUACCCUUUUUAUGCGUGUGGUGGAGUUUGUGUACAGCUUCGGUGGUAGCGGAAUUGAUCGGGUGUUGGAAGUUGGAUCAGUAAGUUGGGUUAUGGAGAGUACAGUUUGACUGUGCAAAUCCUCAUGCUGAAUAAAUAAACUAGAAUUGAAGAUUUUGUGCUGCAGUAGCUUUAUCAGAGAAAAUGUUGGAGGCUCCAAAGUUUGCAGGACUUAUAGACUUAAAUGAGGACCUUGAUAAUUAUGGCCUCACUCAAAAUUUUUACCAUAAGCUUGGUGAAGGAUCAAACAUGUCAAUUGACAGUUACGGGAGCUUGCAGAUGAGUGAUGGUGGAGGUUCCGUUGCGAUGUCAGAUAACAGCAGUGUUGGAUCAAAUGGUUCCCACACUCGUAUUUUAAACCACCAGGGCCUCAAGCGUGUCCGCAAUAACUAUUCUGCGGUAGCUAGUGUAAACAGGGGGAGAGUUUCUCAAGGGUUGAGUGAUGAUGCCCUAGCUCAAGCUUUGAUGGAUCCUCGAUUUCCUACUGAUGGGCUUGAGAAUUAUGAUGAGUGGACGAUUGAUUUGAGGAAGCUGAAUAUGGGCCCAGCUUUUGCUCAAGGGGCUUUUGGGAAACUCUACAAGGGAACAUAUAAUGGUGAGGAUGUUGCUAUCAAGCUUCUAGAGAAGCCAGAAAAUGAUCUUGAGAGAGCUCAUUUGAUGGAGCAGGCAUUUCAGCAGGAAGUCAUGAUGUUGGCUAGGUUGAAGCAUCCAAAUAUAGUGCGUUUUAUUGGUGCAUGUCGUAAACCUAUGGUCUGGUGUAUUGUGACUGAAUAUGCAAAAGGGGGAUCAGUGCGUCAGUUUCUGGCCAGGCGACAAAAUCGAUCUGUGCCCUUGAAGUUAGCGGUGAAACAGGCUUUAGACGUGGCAAGGGGGAUGGAAUAUGUACAUGACCUGAAUCUGAUACACCGUGACCUGAAAUCUGACAAUCUACUCAUAGCUGCGGAUAGGUCAAUCAAGAUUGCCGAUUUUGGGGUUGCUCGUAUUGAGGUGCAGACUGAAGGAAUGACACCAGAGACUGGAACAUACCGCUGGAUGGCUCCGGAGAUGAUUCAGCAUCGACCUUACACCCACAAAGUUGAUGUUUAUAGUUUUGGCAUCGUUCUGUGGGAACUGUUAACAGGUAUGCUUCCGUUCCAGAAAAUGACCGCUGUGCAGGCAGCUUUUGCUGUAGUCAACAAAGGUGUUCGUCCAGCAAUCCCCAAUGAUUGUUUGCCUGUUCUAAGUGAAAUCAUGACCUGCUGCUGGGAUGCUAACCCUGAUAAUCGACCACCAUUCUCUCAGGUGGUCAGAAUGCUCGAAGUUGCAGAAACAGAGAUCAUGACAACUGUCAGAAAGGCCCGUUUUAGGUGCUGCAUGAGUCAACCUAUGACUACCGAUUAAUGUGGGAAGCGGAAACAAGCAGCAGUAAAAGCAGGGAUACAAAAUUUGGGAAGCCAAAAAAAACAGCUGAUUUUACCUCCUGUGUAUCUCUAUCAAGCAUAAUUUCUUUGUUCAGAUAGAAAAGGGAGUAAGUUAUAAGUACUUUUUGUUUCUUUGUUGUAUCCUUUUUUGUUCUCUUUGGAUUUAAGAUGCUGAUUAGUAGUAAUAGAGAGGGCCGAUGUGUAUCCCUACCCGUUGUUGUAAGUUUGAUAAAAAAAUAUAAUGCCCUCAAGAUCGUACUUUCUGAUC